GCAAUUAGGUUAAAAUACAUUGUCAGAUAAUAGUCUGAGGUGGAAAAGUGAUCAAAGUUCAUACAAUUUUAAAUAAACAUAAAAACAUUACAAAAGCAUGUCACUUUCACUAUUUUCGAGGAUUGUUCAUGCAAUUAACACUCCUCAAUCAGUGCGUUACAUGCGUAAUAAACAUCGUGAUCCAAAAUGGAAAAGGAUGCGUGGUGAAAAAGUUAUUAAAAUUGACUUAUCCAGGUUCGAAUCACAAAACGAAGACCCUGAUAACUUGAGCCACAGUCAAAGGCGUCAAAAAAUGAAGGAAAGAGGGAUUUUUCCUCAAAAGCCUUGGUUAGAGAAACCAAUGUAUAUCAGUUGUACCUCCGCUAUUUUUGAACCUUAUAUUCCACCUGAAGGAGAUGGUAAAUUUUCAGCAAUCUCAACUACUGGUGCCAAGCAAAAUAUGGAAUUUCUAAUGAAAAAAACUAAGUCGUAUCAGGCUUAUAGAAAAAUUAAAAAGUAUGAAGAAGAAUUCAAUGCCAGUGACUUUCCUGAACAGGCUUUGGAAAUCUAUAAGACAGCUCAUCAGUUAUUAGCUGAAAAAGACAAAGAAGGUAUUCAACAGUAUAUUACUGAAAAAUUGUACCCUCAGAUGUAUUGUAAUUUGGAAAAUAAACAAAUUCAAUGGAAAUUCAUAAAAUCACUAGAACCAGCAAGGAUUGUACAUGCUCGAUGUACAACAAUGUUAACAGACACUAAUGUUUUUGCACAAGUAACGUGUAGAUUUCAUACUCAACAAUCUUUAGUCAUGUAUGAUCGAUUUGGAAGGUUGGUCAGUGGUUCACCAGUACUAACUAAAGAUGUGUUAGAUUACAUUGUUUUUGAAAAGCAUCUCAGUAAUCAAUAUGGUGUAUGGCGAAUGCACGCUAAAAUUAUUCCAACUUGGAUGACUUCUCAAAUAAGUCUACCAAAAACAUUUGCAUUUCAAUCUGAAGAAACAGCAUUAGAAAAUAAAGCAGAUUCACAAAAUUAGUCAUAAAGCAAUUAAUAUCAUAGUUUGAUUGAAAUGGAGAAAUUUAUUGUAAAUAUUGUUUUGAAAAAUAAAAAUAUGACAAUAGAGAUCAUAA